UCUUUUCAAAGUCGUGCAACUCCUUAAAUUUGUGUCUUAAAUUACCUAAGCUUUUUAAUAGCUGUUUAUAAUUAAUCUCUUUAUCCAAUUAGUGCAUUCAGUGCGGGUUUGACGUGCAGUUGUAAAUUUUAUCAAGGUCUGAACAGUGCUGGUCUACAUAUGUAGACCACGUGACUAACGACGUUACUUUUUCUUGCGGCAAUAUUACUUGAUAUAUUAAAUAUUUGAAUUAAGUUCAGAUAAUAUUAUGUCUGAUUCCAAAAAAAGACGAUUGGAAAGCAGCAAAAAUCCUGAAGUAUGGGAAAGAUGGCUCUCCGAACUAUCAAGUAGUCAAGAAAGUGCUAUGGAUGAAGAAAACGAGACGGAGGUUGACGAAGAUACGUAUAUCAAUGUGAAUGCUGCUGAAGAGAGUGACCACGAGACCGAAUCGGAACUAGAAGGAUCAAGCGAUGAUGAAAUUCUUUCAGACGAUUCUGGUGCAUCUCAUCCCCAAAAUUUCUAUUUAGGAAAAGACAAUGCCACUAAGUGGAAGAAAACCAGACCCAAUUUGCAAGUUCGUAUUCGUUCGCACAAUUUAAUCAAACUUUUGCCGGGUACGAAAAGGAAAUUGAGUGCCUAAAUUUAUUUGUGAAUGAUUCGGUUAUAAGAAUAAUAACCGUUUCCACAAAUUUGUAUAUUCGAAAAGUACGGGUUAACUUUGAAGAAGACAGAAUGAAUCAAGAUGCAAGAGAAACCGAUGACACCGAAAUUCGCGCUUUCAUUGGCAUUUUGUUUUUGAUUGGCGCUCUUAGAAGCUCGAAACAAGGAAACGGGGUUGAAUCGUGCUACCUAGCGAUGAGCGAGAAACGGUUUCGAUUUCUGAUAAGAUGCCUGCGAUUUGAUGACAUCAAUACAAGGCAGCAGAGAAGAGCAAUUGAUAAAUUGGCGCCUAUAAGAGAAGUUUCCUGGUCAACUUUCAAAAUAAUUUUAUUGGUAGUGAGUUUCUUACUGUGUAUGAACAACUAUUAGCAUUUAGAGGACGUUGCGCGUUUAAGCAAUACAUUCCUAGUAAGCCGGCCAAGUUUGGCAUUAAAACUUUCGCGAUGGUGGAUGCAAAAACGUCUUACACUUUUAAUUUGGAAACUUAUGUGGGAACUCAGCCGGACGGACCAUACAAACUUAGCAAUAGUGCGGAAGAGAUAACUCUUCGAUUGGUAGAGCCAGUCGCAGGAACUAAUCGCAAUAUUACUGGUGACAAUUGGUUC